CAGAAUGUACUUUACAAGAGUUUGUCCGGGAAUGUUAUGACUUAAAUGUUUUCCACGCCGCCCGGCGGAAGUAACCACAGCAAGGGGGUUUUCAAAGGUUUUAAAGAUAGAUAAAACUACAAGAAACUCCAAGGGAAAUUAAACUAACGAAAAUACGUGAGGAUUAUUUACAAACCGGACAUCACAACGGACAGGGGGUGCAGUGAAUCUAUAAUCUGAGUAUGGGCCCUGAGGAGCUGCCUGACAUUAUGGACAUGAUGGCAAGCAGUCCACCUCCGUCUCCCCGUCCUUCAUGUUCCCCAUUCUCACAUUCUCCAUACUCUCCUCCGAUGACACUUGGCACUCCGGUUGUGACCUUGCGCUCCCCUGACUCUCGUCACCUGACUCAGAUUGACCCCUGGAGGAGACAUAGUUGGGAGCCUGGGGAAGUGUCACAGGGAUAUUCUCCUAAUGACAUGCGCAGUGUGAGUCUGGAAGAUCUGGACCUAGAGGAGAUGGCCUUGGUGCUAAAUGGUGCAUUGAGGUCAAAGAGAGCCCGUGAAGUCCGCAGGUCUGUCACUCAAGCUUCUCUGACAUCACUUACUGAGGAGGAAGUUGGAGCAGAGCUUCAGGAACAUCAUCGUUCAGUGUUGGAGGAGCAGUCCAAUCAAAUGCAUGGCUGCAGUGCCUCCGCCCCCAGCCUAUGUAUGAUGAAUCUAAGGUCAAUGAGCUCCGCCCCUCGCCCACGCUCAUAUUGCCAUGAGAUUGUUUCGAACUACCACCUUGGAGGAUCGACCCACAGUAUAGACAGUGAGUUUUCUGCUCUGGGUUGGGAUAACAACAGAGGGCAAACAAAGGCCGACAGGAACGUGAACAAAGAGGAUACAUCAGGAAAUCGUCUGGAACGAACACUUAGCUUCCUGCGCAAAAUGACAGCUAAAAACAAGAAUAAGGAGAAGGAGCGCAUGAGGGAGAGAGAGAAAGAAGCGAGGGAGAGAGAGGCACGCUACAGCAACGGCCACCUCUUCAACUCCCUCACCGUGUCUGGAACAACGCUCUGCUCGGCCUGCAACAAGAGCAUCACAGCUAAGGAGGCUCUCAGCUGCCCUACAUGUAAUGUCACCAUCCACAACCGCUGCAGGGACACAUUACCAAACUGUGUCAAAAUGAAGCAAAAGCAACAGAAACUGGCGCUGAUACGGAGCAAUUCAGCCUAUCAGAACGUGUCGCUGAGGAAUAAAGCCCAUUUAAAGGAAAGGCCGAGCUCAGCCAUCUACCCCUCAGACAGUCUUCGUCAAUCACUACUCGGCUCUCGUCGCGGACGCUCUUCUCUCUUAUUGUCCAAGAGUGUGUCCACCAACAACAUUGCAGGGACUCUGAAUGAUGACUCUCCUCUGGGGCUGCGCAGGAUCUUGUCUCAAUCCACAGAUUCCCUCAACUUCAGGAGCAGAACAAUGUCCAUGGAGUCACUUAAUGAUGAUGGAGAGGGGUACUUCAACUCUUUGCUGGAAGAGUUGGAGUUCGAGGGCCAGGAGUUUGAGGCAGAUUCCUGGAGCAUGGCCGUAGAUUCUGCCUACUUGCAGACCCACCGUAAAGACAUCAUCAAGAGACAAGACGUCAUCUAUGAGCUGAUCCAGACUGAACUCCAUCACGUCCGGACCCUGAGGAUCAUGGAGGGGGUGUUCAGGCGGGGCAUGCUGGAGGAGGUGCAACUGGAGCCUGGGGUGGUGCAUGCGUUGUUCCCCUGCCUGGAGCGGCUGCUGACGCUACAUACACACUUCCUCAAUCAGCUCCUUGCACGCCGAGCUCACAGCCUUCAACUUAACAGCACAAACAAUUUCACCAUCACCCAGAUCAGUGAUGUGCUUAUAAAACAGUUCUCAGGUCAGAGUGGUGACGAGAUGCUGAAGGUCUACGCCGAGUUCUGCAGUCGUCAUAUGAAGGCUGUCAAACUUUACAAAGAGCUAUUGGCAAGAGACAAGAGACUCCAGCUCUUUAUACGGAGGGCAAAUCGCGGUCCGCUUCUGCGUCGUCACGGGUUCCAAGAGUGCAUCCUUCUGGUUACUCAGCGCAUCACUAAAUACCCAGUUCUGGUGCAACGUAUCCAUGACAACACUAAAGACAAUCCAGAGGAAGCCACAGGUCUGUCUCAGGCUCUGUCUCAUAUACGCGAGAUGCUCUGUUCAGUGGAUCAGCAAGUAUUAGAGCUGGAAAGGACACAACGACUGCAGGAGAUCCGCUCCAGGAUCGACCCGCGGGCAGAGGCCAAACUCCGCUCCGGAGCCCUGUUCAAACCUGCCGAACUUCUACGCAGACAGCUGAUACACGAGGGCACGCUGCUCUGGAAAACACCCAGUUCUCGACUCAAAGAUGUUCAGGUUCUGUUGAUGACUGACAUUCUAGUAUUCUUGCAAGACAAAGAUCAGAGGUUCAUCUUUGCGAGUUUGGAUAAGUCUGCUGUGGUUUCACUGCAGAGUCUGUUGGUGAGGGACAUAGCCAAUCAGGAGCGAGGGUUGUUCCUCAUCAGCAGUGAAUCCAGCCCACCUGAGAUGUAUGAGCUGUACGCUGCAUCUAAAGAUGACAGAAACACCUGGAUACGAAUCAUACAGCAAACCAUCCGCAGCUGCCCCUCAAGAGAAGAAUUCCCACUAAUAGAAACAGAGGACAAGGCCCUUUUGCGAAGACUCAAAGCUGAUAUCCAGCAGAAGGAUAGGGAAGUUUUAGAGCUGCUUCAGGAGCGGGUGACACUGUUCUCCGACUUGGCGGAGGUCAUGGGAGGUUACGAGGUCAUACUGCCUCAGUGUUCCAGAAACCUGUUCAGAGCCGAGUCUCCUCAAGCCCCACGUGGAGAACAGCUCCUCACUCAAGCCAUAACUGAAGUGGACAGAUUGACAGAGCUGCUAUUAGGGUCCAAUUUUGAGGUUUCUCGCCACUGCAGUUCCAACGGACACAACAACACUGGAGCACUAGUAAUAAAUGGACAACAGGUGUUAGUUAAUGGCUCUCAGGAGAACCAAUCUGCUCAGGAUGGUAAUGGGAAUCAAAUGGAGGACAAGACACCAAGUGAGGAGGUGUCACAGAGGAUGGUGAAUCUCAGCGUUCAGCUACACGCUCUACAGGGUGUGGUGAUUCGACAGGACUCCAUCUUAGAGCUCAAUCUACGAGAGAACCCUGUGUCCCCGGCCACAGCGGGGGCUCGUCCGGUUCGCUCCCUGUCCCGGGAUGGUGCGUGUGACAUGGCCUUGCUGCAACGGCAACACAGUCUUUUACAGGAGGAGCUAGGUCGACUAAGAGGAGCUGAGGGAAAACUCAGGGACAGCGAGAGAGCCAGAGCCCAGCUGGAGAAACAGCUCAGGGAUCUAAAGACCAAUAGCGCCUCUCUAGGGGAUGCUACUGGAACUACAGGCUCACAGGCCCUACCAGCUCGUAGAGGAAGUUAUACCGACCCCAACACUGACACUGCAUUGGCCAGCCAAGAAUCGAUGGACCAAUCAGAUGGCUUGCAGGAAUCCAGUGAUGUGGAAGUGGACGUGAUAUCUGAUGAUGAUGAUGAAGACGACGAGGUGGAUGCAAAGGUGUCACCUCGCUCAGAAAGCCCCAGAGAUUUGCAAGACAUUCCUGAAGAGACUGAGACAUUUACAGACCCUCGGGAGCGGGACAUCUCACACUGAUAAUAUUGUUUCAGUAUCUACCCAAGACUGGCCUGUUUUCUGCUUUGAUGGAACAGACUUUGGACUCUAUGAGCAAGUCUUCCUCUUAAAACUUUGGGGAAUAGUCUUAUUUAGUUUAUGAAUAUUCAUUUCAGUAUAUACAUACAGUAUUUAGUUGUAUCCAGUACUUUUGUUUUACAGCUUCUGUGUGGCCGUUUAUGACAUGUUAAUAUUCAACAUGCCUUCUCCUUUGAAUCCAAUCAUAUGGCUUUCAGCAUCCACGGACCAAUAAGGAUAUGCCAAAGCAUCGUGAAUUCACAAAAUGGAGAUUCAAAUAAUGGGACUUUGCAUUUGACAGUGGCAUGAAAUGUUAUUCUUAUUAUUCUAAAAGUACCUAAAUCAACCAAACAUGGCGGAAACAUUCAGAUUUUGUAUGUACUGUAUGUGAGAUACUCUUAACACAGUGCUUUUUACUGAUUAUACUGUACACGCUGGAGCACGCAAAACCAGAAGCUUUAUGUUUUUAUGAAAGUGAAAUAUUCUUGUUUGUGAGAGGUCUUUGUAAAUGUCUCUUCCCUACGCUUCAUUUUUUCUACAUUUAUUUAUUUUUCUUUAUUUUGGAAAGAUUUAUUGUCAUUUAAGCAUAUUAAAGCGAGUUAAAAAUAAGCCAUAACUUGAAAUGCAACAAUGAUCCUGGGACCAAAUGUGCUGGCUCUCUACUUAGAACAAAAUGAUUAUUUUGUGGACUAUUUUAAUAUAAUGUCAAAAUAAUCUUUUGACGUUUCACCUUUUUUGCAGAAUUGAGGGCUCUUUUAUGAUGGAGAAUAUUGCAAUUUAUAGCAAUAUACAGAACCAUAUAUUUGAAUCUAUAUCAAAGAACUUACUAACCUGGGAAUUUUUGUUGUUGUUGGUUUCUCAGCCCACAAUGUGUGUUUGGGGAACACUUGUAAAUAUAGGAUGAUUUAUCGACUGAAAUGGAUCACAUUACCAAAGUUUGCCAGUAACACCAACAACUUUUGAUGUGUCUUACUACAAUUUUGCUCAUCUUUUUGUUUUGUUUAAGAAUGUUUUUGCAAUUACUUGACUUUGUGCCAAAAUGUGCUUGAAUGAAUAUUGCUGAGAAAUAUUAUGCUUUUACUUUAAUCAGGAAGGAGCAUCUUAGAAAUUAUUGUAGAACAAUAUUCUUCAUGUUUUAAAGGAACUAGAAAAAAACAUAAGGUUUAUCUAAGUCACAUCAAAAUAUUUGUAUGAAAAAUGACAAGAGAUAUUAUUAAAAGGUUUAUACAAUGUUUCAAAUAUGAAAGUGAAUAUAGAAUAUGAGUUAUGAGUUAAAGAAUUAAAACUGUUGAUAUACAACAUCGGGUUUGGCUGGAUUAUCUUUCUUU